UAGCUGCUUCAUGAUGACAUCAGCAAGAGCUUAAACCGGCACCCCUGUCGACGGGAAAAAGUGGGGCGGUUAGCGGGCCGUUCAUGAUCUGCAUAUUUUCGAACCUCCAUCCUCUGCUACAACAGCGCCGUUCACCCAAAGCUCGAUGGAGUCUACCGCUCACACGCUCCGCCGAAUUCCUCCUCCGCCCGCACAGUGUCCAGGAUGCCGAAGAACCCGCAUCCACCCCGCCGUGGCCCACCUAAGAAGCCCGCAUCUGGCCCGCCGGAGGAGGACAGCAGCUUCAUCGUUUUCGGCGACGGAAAGAAAAAGAAGGGAGGCAAGGGACAAGAUGACAAGGGUGGAAAGGCCGGGGAGCCCAGCGACGCCCCAAAGCCUCCGGACGCGCGAAAAUUGGUUGGCGGUGCGUCCUGGACGGGGAAGCUGCCCGUGAAUAUGUUGUCGGAGCAUUGCCAGAAGCAGCAAUGGUUGAAGCCAGAUUACCGGAUGCACAAGGACGGGGACCUACAUGUGGCCGACAGUAUUGUGCUGUCCAAAUCCGACCCCAAAACGCGGGAGACGACAUCAUUGCCUCCCUUCAGGAUUCCCCCGGAACUUGGGGAGGAGGCACGGCACCCGACUGCCGUGGAAGCGCGCAAUUUUGCGGCAGCAUAUGGGCUGUUCCGUGUUGCCAGUGCGAAGAACUUGCACAUGAUGAUGCCUCCGCAGUUCCGAACGCUUUGGAAGGGAAAGUUUGCGGAGCUGAAGAAGAAUGAUGAAGCCGCAGGCAAGGCUUGGAUGUAUGAGGCGGACCCCUUCUUCGGACACGCCGAGCGAGAGAAGGCAAAGGAGAUAGCCGCGAAGGAACGCGAGAAGAGACAGAAGGAGAGGGAACAGGCGUCCAAGGCCCACAAUCUUCAGCCGGGCAUGGGGCAGAGGGGCUCUAAAGCGCCCCUUUCCAGGGCUAGUAUCCUAAAAGGAUGGGAGAAUGUUCCCAAAGUUGAGCUAGGAAGGAAAACGAGGAAGAGGGUCGAGCGCCUGAUUCGACGAGACGCCGUAUGGAAUCCACAUGGGAUUCGCCUAGACGCCGCGGUCCGUGGCAAGUUGAUCGACGAGAUAACCGAGUUAGGCUUCCGCAGAAGCCAUGUUGAAGAAGCCGUGGAGAUCUGCAAGGACCGUGAAGAAGUCAUUGAGUGGCUUCUGAUCCACGUGCCAGAGGAUGACCUUCCGUCCUGGAGUUUGCCGGAAGGCUAUCAAGCUGGUGUCAGCAUGGCUAGCUCAGACCUUAAGCGUGAAGGCGCAAUCAACCGACUUACGGUUGCUGGGUACGAUCGAGAACUGUGCGAGGAUGCGUAUGAUAGCCAAGGCGGCGACGAAGCCAAAGCAGCAGCUUACCUUCAAGCCCGUCUUUUGAGACCCACUGCAGAUGAAGCGGACGUUGCAGAUAUGCUCUCGCGUCUCUAUCUAAACAAACCCAAUGAAUUCGAAGAAGCAGACAUCGACCCCUGGGAGGAAGAACAAUCCUCCUUAGAAGCGAUCUACGGUGACAUGUAUGAACGUCCAUCUCCUUCGAUCUGUCGUAUUCAAUUGGAUAUAAAGCAACAAGGCAAGCGUCUUGUUCUCCAAGUCCGGAAACCGCCUGGUCCAUAUCCUGCCGUGGUACCUCUUAUCAGCUUCGAGGCCGCUAUUCCAUCAUAUAUCCGAUUGAGUAUAAUUCGACAAGCUCUCUCGUACGCUGAGGAGAGCCUCCUUGGCGCGCCGAUGAUUUUUGAUAUUGUGGACUGGCUACAGCAGAAUGCGGCAACUGUACUCAAGAACCCAGGCAAACUCGUAGAUGUCUCGCCAGGACUGGCGGCAGCUGACAUGGUUGCAAGCGAACACGUCCAUAAUCCAAACUCGAGGCGACCACCUCGAGCCCGAAAACCCAUAAAGUGGGAAGUUGGCACUCCAGCUAGUCAAGCGAUUCUGAAUCAGUGGGAAGCUAAACAACAAACACCAGCUCAGCAACGGAUGCUGAGUGUCCGCCAGGCACUUCCAGCUUGGAAGUUGCGGGAUGUUAUAGUUCAGACUGUCAACCAAAGCCAAGUGUGUAUUAUCUCUGGUGAGACUGGCUCAGGCAAGUCGACGCAGUCAGUCCAGUUCAUUCUUGAUGACCUUAUUCGUCGGGGACUCGGUGGGGUAGCCAACAUCAUAUGCACGCAGCCGCGGAGGAUUUCUGCCUUAGGGCUCGCGGACCGCGUCGCAGACGAGCGUUGCUCACAGGUUGGGGUUGAGGUUGGAUAUGCUAUUCGCGGAGAAUCGAAACAGAGUCCAGGGACUACGAAGAUCACCUUUGUGACAACGGGUGUCCUACUUCGACGUCUUCAGACUGCUGGUGGGAGUACGGAUGACGUGGUAGCUGCUCUUGCCGAUGUCAGCCAUGUGGUGGUGGACGAAGUGCACGAGCGCAGUUUGGACACCGACUUUCUUCUGGUCCUGGUCCGCGAUAUACUGCGUCGCCGCAAGGACUUGAAAGUGAUACUUAUGAGUGCGACUCUGGACGCGGAUGUCUUCGAGAGGUACUUUCAGGAAGUCGGUCCCGUUGGUCGUAUUGAGAUUGAAGGGAGAACACAUCCGGUGGAGGAUUUCUAUAUGGACGACAUUGUUCGCUUUACUGGCUUUAGAGGCAACAAGGGCGAAGAUUAUGAAGAAGAGGAAGAGAGAGCACCUGCUGUCAACCUUCGGAAUAUCGGGUUCGGCAUCAACUAUGAUCUCAUUGCGGCGACCGUACAGUAUAUCGAUAGGCAGUUGGGCUCAGCAGAUGGUGGUAUUCUGAUAUUCCUUCCCGGCACAAUGGAGAUUGAUCGAACUCUCCAGGCCAUUCGUCACCUUCCGCAAUUCUACGCUCUGCCGCUCCACGCUUCGCUUCUCCCGGCUGAACAAAAGCGUGUUUUCCCACCAGCUCCAGCUGGGAAGCGGAAAGUCAUUGCGGCUACCAAUGUCGCGGAAACAUCCAUCACCAUUGAAGACAUUGUGGCCGUUAUCGAUACUGGUCGGGUCAAAGAGACGAGUUUUGAUCCACAAAACAACAUGGUCCGACUGGCAGAGACGUGGGCUUCUCGAGCUGCCUGCAAGCAACGUCGUGGUCGUGCUGGUCGUGUAAGAGCCGGCCAGUGUUUCAAGCUCUACACCCGCAAUGCGGAGAUGAAGAUGAUGGAACGUCCAGAUCCCGAAAUUCGCCGAGUGCCGCUUGAGCAGUUGUGUCUCUCUAUCAAGGCCAUGGGCGUUCAAGAUGUCUCCAGCUUCCUUGCAAGCGCAUUGACUCCGCCAGAGAGCACCGCAGUCGAGGGCGCCAUCAAUCUCCUGAACAAGAUUGGUGCCAUUGCCGACAACGAGCUCACAGCGCUUGGACGCCAUCUCUCGAUGAUUCCAGCAGACCUACGUUGCAGCAAACUCCUCGUAUACGGUGCAACUUUUGGUUGUUUAGAGGCCGCUUUGACCAUUGCUUCUGUCCUCACUGCGCGCUCUCCGUUCAUCUCGCCGCGUGACCGGGAUCCAGAAAUUCGAAAUGCGUUUAAUCGAACCCGCAGCUCAUUUUCUCAGAACCAAGGUGAUCUCCUUGUCGAUCUCCGAGCAUAUGAGCAAUGGUCUGCACUUCGAAGUAAAGGCAUAUCGCCUCGCGACCUGCGGAAGUGGUGCCAGGAUAACAGCCUCUCCUCGCAGACUCUCUUCGACAUUGCUUCAAACCGCGCUCAAUACUUGUCGUCGCUCAAGGAGGUCUCCUUCAUUCCUACCCACUACUCGUCCACCAACCCUACAACACACGGCGUCCUGAACAAGCAUAAUGACAACGAUGCUCUAAUCCGUGCGCUUAUUGCUGGCGCAUUCCAUCCACAGCUGGCUCGCAUCCAACUGCCAGACAAGAAAUACGCGGCCAGUAUGGCCGGAGCAGUCGAGCUCGACUACGAAGCCAGGACCAUCAAAUACUUCAACCAAGAGAACGGCCGCGUCUUCGUGCAUCCCAGCUCCAUUCUCUUCGACGCGCAGACGUUUCCCAUGAACGCAGCGUUCAUCGCGUACUUUAACAAGAUGGCUACCUCUAAAGUGUUUAUACGCGACCUCACGCCUUUCAACGCUUACUCGCUGCUUAUGUUUGCGGGCACUAUAUCUGUCGAUACGCUGGGAAGGGGGUUGGUGGUGGAUGAGUGGGUGAGGUUGCGGGGGUGGGCGAGGAUCGGUGUGCUGGUUUCGAGGUUGAGGGGAAUGUUUGAUAAGGUUUUGGAGAGGAAGGUUAGGGAGCCCGGGUGGGAGAUUGGGGGGAGGGAGGGGGAGAUUGUGGAUUGUGUGAGGUGGUUGGUUGAGAGGGAUGGGUUGGAUAAUUGAGGCAGGAGGUUUCAGUUCUUUAGAGGGGGUAAAAGGUCAGGUAGAGGAGAUUUCUGAAAAAGGGAGACUAUUCAAGGAACUCGAUUGUCGUUUAUGGGUUGUGAUGCAUGGAAUCCAGGGUGUGUUGAGCUAUGUUCACUUGUGUCCAAGCUCGCCAGUGAGCUUGGGGGGAAUUGAUGAUGUCAUUCAUCUCUCCAGGCAGCUUAAAUCGCCAUCGCGUCCUAGACUACAA